AUGGUGGCGCCGCUACUGGCCGUAGAGCUGCUCUUCCGCUCCAAGGGCGGCUUCUCCAACCUGCCGCACGUGAUCAGCAGCGUCUCGCUCUUCCUGGACUCGUCGGUGGAGCUCUCGCAUUCCGAGGCGUGCAAGCUGGCCUCCAUCAAGCUGCUCGACCGCAUUUGGGGCAGCAGCGCAGUUUUCGCUAAUUUUGACACAAGAUUUCCAGUUGGGCCAUUUACUAUCCGGAAAUUCAUCCGAACGGACAAGCACUACCGCCAACACCAGUUCACUUUUUCGAUGUUGUUCAUCGUCAAGAAGAACAAUCUCGAGAUGGCUCGCUGA